AUAAAAAUAAUCCUUGAAGAAAGAAAAAGAUCAUUUUAAAGAAAGACUAUUGUUAAAAGUAAACAGACAUAAAAAUGUUAAAAAUUAAACCUUUAAAAUGUCUAAUGUUGUUACAAAGAAAUGUUUAUGCAAAGCUUUGUACUAAAUGGCUUUGUUAAACUAAAGAAAUUAAAUUUUUAAAUACUUUAUUACCCGAAAAAAAGGGAUUUAAAAAAAUAAAACGCAAAAAAAAACUAAAUUGCUUGCUUAAGGAUAACGUUAUAUUAACUAAGUGACACUUAAAACAUUCCUAACGAAUUUCCUGUUUUCCUCUUUAAUUCCUUAGAAAUCUGUCUAUUUAAAAUACAUUUACAAUUCCUACUAAAAAUUAUUUUCCUACAAACUUUUUCUAACACUUUUACUUCCUUUUUAUUACGCUUAAGUAAUAAUUACCAUAUCCUUUCAAUCAUUCCCCUUGUCUGAAGCUUUACUUCGCUCCGCUUCUUUCUGUGUGCUCUUUUUAUCCUUCCUUCCUUCCAUCCUAUCCCUUUUUCCCUCUUUGUGCAAGUUAAACACUAUGGUUGAGAUACAAAAACCGAAUUCAGCUUUAAAACGUCCAUCAUUGAAACGUGAAACGGUUGUUGUCAAUAAUAGUGCACCCAUGAAGAAGGUUACGCUGGUGCCAAAAGAGGAGGAAUUGGUGGCCAUUUCCCCUGAAAGGCGUAAUUGGCGUGGUAUUUUUAUAGCAUUACUGGUCAUAGCAGCCGUAUUUAGUUUAAUAAUAUUUUCCAUAUUUUUAUUAUCGCCAGAGGAUGAGGGACUACGCAUACGGGGCAGCAGAUUAACAUUAAGUGAUAUUUUAGGUAAACGCUUUCAAUGGAAACCAUUCAAUGGCACUUGGCACAGUGACACUGAAUUAGUAUUUCGUGAUCCCAGUGGUGGUUUAUCAAUAGUAAAUUUAGAUAAUUAUACAACACGAGUUUUAAUGACCAAUUCAACAUUUCGCCAACUGAAUGCUGAAACAUAUUUAGUAGCACCAGAUCUUAAAUAUGUCUUACUGCAGUCCGAUAGUAAUGCGGAGGGAUCAAGACAUCAUGUCUAUGAGGUGCAAACAGCAAAUACAUUUCCUUUGGGACCAACGGAAAAUAUAGCAGAAGCACCACGCCUGCAAUUUGUUUUAUGGGCUCCCUACAACAACCAUUUAAUACCUAGUAGUAUUGGUGGCAAUGCAAAUAAUGGUGGUGUCAACACAAAUUCCAUUUCUUCUUCCUCAUCAGCGACAAACACACCCACAACUCCCAUACCCACACCCACUAAUGGUAGUCCGCUGUUGAAUAGUCUCGGUAGUGGUGCCAGUAUGGCAAAUUUAGUUAAACCUCCACCACCCAUUCAACUGCAACAACAGAAUCAAGAUGCCUCAACGUCAGUACUAAGCAAUGGUUUGACUAAAGCUCUGGCCCAAAAUCAAGCCAUUGCUUUUGUCCACGAAAAUGAUAUCUACUAUAAACCUAAAGUUCAGGGAGAACUUGUGUGUCGUAUUACAACAACAGGUCAAGCUGGCAUUGUUUACAACGGCAUACCUGAUUGGACGUAUGAAAAUGUACCGGAAUUGGAUAGUCGUGGCGGUAGUAUGGCAUUUUCACCGGAUGCUUUAUAUUUGGCAUUUCUUACAUUUAAUGACAGUGAUGUCAGCGAAUACAAAUACACUUGGAUGGGCGAUGAUUUAAAAUAUCCAGCUGUUCUAACACAACGCUAUCCAAAAGCGGGCUCUGCUAAUCCCAAUAUAACUGUUAAUGUUGUUAAUCUAUCCGUCCUCAAAUAUAUUUUCCCCACACAAAUCAAACUUCCACCAGAACUGGCAAAUGGCAGCUAUAUUGGUGGUCUCACUUGGGCCACACCUAUUGACUUGUCGGUAACGGUAACAAAUCGCGCACAAACCAAAGCUCAUACGGUGCUUUGUAGAGCUCCCGAAUUUCUUUGCAACAUCGCACACACCGAGGUAACCGUAAAUGAUGGUUGGGUGUUGCCCGCAGAACGACCCGUAUUUUCGGCCAAACUAAAUAAUCAAUUGAAAAAUCAAUCGAAUAAUACAAAUAUCAAUGAAAGCUUCCAGAAUAUAACGAAUGGUCAAACAACUUAUGAAAUACCCAAUGGUGGUUAUUUACUCAAACGUCUUCCGGUACGAGAUGGUGAACAUGGCCAUUUUCGACAUGUGGUUUUUAUUUCAUCGGUGGAUCGUAGACCGGUGCCCCUGACAAUGGGACGAUUUGAAGUGACCGAAAUUGUUGGUUGGGAUGAGGCCAAUGAAAUUGUCUACUUUAUGGCUGCUCCUGAGAAGCGACCUGGUGAAAGGCACCUCUACAAGAUCAGCCUUAAGUUGAACGUUACAAAAACAAAUCGCACCUACAUCACCUCAUCACAACCCACAUGUCUGACGUGUGAUAAUACGCCCAGCACAUUUAAACUUAACAGUGGUCGUCCGGCCAAAGAUCCCGAAGAUGUGGACGACGAUGAAGAGGAAUGCGUCUACAUAAUACCCAAAAAUUGUCUCUACAAUAAAGUUUAUUUUAGUAAAGAUUUUUCAUAUUAUGUACAGGAAUGUUUGGGUCCUGAGUCGCCCAGUGUUUAUUUGGUUGAUACCCAAACUAAUCUCAAGACAAUCGUUCUAAAUGCUGGCGACAGUUUAAGACACCGUCUGCUGCAAUUUGCUUUACCACAGAUAAGAACUUUUAAUGUGGAAAUACGUCAUGGUUUUCAUGCCCAGGUGAAACUGUAUUUACCUCCCGGCAUGAAAGAGGACGAAGAAGUAGCUUUUCCCAUGAUAUUGCAAAUUGACGCUUCGCCCGGUUCUCAGUUGGUUAAUGAACGUUUUCAAGUGAAUUGGAAUUGGUAUCUGUGUAGUCAACGUUCAUUUAUUGUGGCACAAAUUGAUGGACGUGGUAGUGGCUAUCAAGGUGAACUGCUUCGUACCCAAGUUCAUGGCAAACUUGGUACAGUCGAAGUAGAGGAUCAAUUAGCAGUACUAACUUACCUGCGUGACAAUUUGAAAUUUAUUGAUCCCUCACGUAUCUGUGCUUAUGGUUGGGGUUAUGGUGGCUAUGCUACAGCCAUGACUUUAAUCGAUGAUUCCCAGCAGGUGUUGAAAUGUGGUGUAGCUGUUAAUCCUAUAGCAUCAUUUGGUUAUCAUUAUUCCUUUUUUACCGAACGUUAUAUACCACUGAAAGGAGACUAUUUGCGGGCGCUUCAAGAGGCUGAUUUAACUAUGAAGGCUGGCAAUAUAAAGGGUAGAAAUUUAAUGUUAAUACAUGGCACAGCAGAUACAUUUGUGCAUCAGGACCAUACGCUUAUGUUGGUGAAAGCUUUAGUCGAUCAGGAAGUUAAGUUUAGGCAUCAGGUUUAUCCUGAUGAGGAUCAUUUAAUGUUAAAAUCUUUAUCUCAUGUCUACCAAACCAUGGAAUGGUAUUUCGAUGAUUGUUUUGGUCCCAACGAUGAUAGUGAAUGGGAUCCAACUGGACUGUUUGUGUUCAAACAAUAAUUGUUAAUGUUAGCAACCAUUUAAUUAUAACAUUAAUUAGUAAUUAAUUAGAACAUUUUAAUUAAUUUUUAUAUUAAAAAUGAAAAGAAAA